AUGCCUGUAAACGAUUACGGUGUGUGGAAGGCAAAUGCAGCGCACUACGUUAUCGAACACCGCGAGGAUAAGUCUGUAAAUCCACAUUUAUUACUAUACAUCGAUGAUCGAGGCGACACAUCCAAGCAUUCAUAUUACCACUCUCGCCACAGAUCGCAUAAGCCCAGCCAAAGGAACAAGGAAAUUCCCGGCCUCGUUCGAGCCAACAUCAACAUCAAGUCUGGAGACAAGAAGGAAUCUCGACUCGCCUAUUGGAUAGACCACAACUUCAACGACCACCCUAUCAUCAACAGUCUCACAUCCCUCCCAUUAGGAUUCCAUCCUCUCGCCGACACAGAGCAGAAUCCUAUCGGCCUCAGAACAGACUACAUCAGGAGCAACCUGUUUAGGAUCAACACCGGUCGAAUCCUAGCGCACGACGACCCAGAUCCAGAAAACAAUAGCGCUGAUGCCAUUGAACCUGAGAUUGAAAAAGCCAUCAACGAGCAUGCCGAUCUUUACCUCUUCGGCGCACGGUUCAUCGAUUUCAAGGGUAUUCACAAUUUGCACAUGAACCAAGGCAAUAUUGAGGAAUGGAAGCAUGAUGACGGUGUAUUCCAGGAUGGAGGACUAUUGAUUCAUUACCCGAGCUCGGAUCGGUGGCUGGCUUACUUCACCGGAUUCGCAUCGCAAGCUGUCCACACAGAUAACUCUUCCGGACAUGCCAUAGCAUCAGGGGUCUGGAGUGACUAUCUAAGUCAUAUAGGAACGCACGUCAACUUAAUGAACUCUGUGACAAUCGAUGAGGCGUCGGUGAAUUCUAUCGGUAGCCAACCCAGACGCAGAUCAGUCACUCUUACGAAUGUGACGAACCACAAGAAGCCCCUGUCUUCUUGGAAGAUCGUGAAUUCAACUGGGCAGUUCCAGACACUGCCGGCCGAUGCAUCUUUAGAUCCUCUGGCAAGUCAUUCGUUCGAUAUUCCGGAUUGUCCUCUUUCGGAUCAUGGGGAUACCAUCACAUUGAUGAAUGAAGAAGGACUAAAAGUUGAUGGAGUAAGCUAUCGUCCUCAACAUGAAAGGAUUGAAGGGCAAUCGGUUGUCUUUGCCCACUAG